AUGAGAUCCAGAAGUGGAUCUGGAGUACGACUCGAUCGCCUUUUAUUUCUUGUCGAGCAAACAAUUCUUAAAAAUCAAGAUGCAGCUACGGGACUCUUCGCAAAUAAUUGCCUCGAUUUUCCAGGACAAGCAUGGGUGAGAGAUAAUGUUUAUGCAGCACACGCAUUGUGGGCAUUAUAUCGAGCCUAUCAAAAGAGCGCCGAAUUUGAUGAAGAUCUUAUCAAAGCCGGCGAAUUGGGAAUGACUUGUGUAAAACUUAUGCAAUCAUUGUUGGAUUGUAUGAUGAGACAAGCGAAUAAAGUCGAGCUUUUCAAGCAAUAUCAACGCUCACCUGAUGCAAUUCACGCAAAGUUUUCAUCGAGAACAAAAUCGACGGUUUGUGGAGACACUGAAUGGGGCCAUCUUCAGCUAGAUGCUGUUUCUCUUUUUCUUCUUACGAUUGCUCAAAUGACUGCCUCUGGAUUACAAAUUGUUCGAAACUUUGACGAAGUAGCUUUUGUGCAGAAUCUUGUCUAUUAUAUUGAAGUUGGGUAUCGGACACCUGAUUUUGGAAUUUGGGAGCGUGGAGAUAAGACAAAUCAAGGGAUCCGCGAGUUGAAUGCGAGCUCGAUUGGAAUGGUGAAAGCAGCUUUGCAAGCGAUGAAUGAUGUUGGUGACCUUUUUGGAGACGGCUCAAAAACAUCUGUAAUCACCGUAAUGCCAGAUGAGAUCGAACAGUGCAGUGCUGUUCUUAACAGUAUGCUGCCACGAGAAUCUUUCUCAAAAGAAACGGAUGCCGCUCUUUUAACAAUUAUCUCCUAUCCUGCUUUCUCUGUUGAAGAUCCAGAAUUGGUGACAAUGACAAGAGAUACAAUCACAAAAAUGCUGCUUGGAACAUAUGGAUGCCGACGAUUUCUCCGUGAUGGAUAUAGAACUGUUCUAGAGGAUCGUUCUCGACUUUACUACAACAAAAGCGAGUUGCAACAAUUUGAGGACAUUGAAUGCGAAUGGCCGCUUUUUCUUUGUCUUUUAGCACUCGAUGCAAUGUUUUGUAAAGAUAAAGACACUGCUGAGAUCUAUUGGAAUCAACUAGAGAAAACUCUUCAAGUGUCACCCACUGGACAACCCUUGGUACCGGAGUUGUUCGUAGUUGAUCGACAACAUGUAGCUGCCGAGAAAGCACAAAGAGGCUCACAACCAAGAACUGUAGCCGGUGUUGUACCAUUUCUAUGGGCACAAUCUCUUUACGUGAUAGUGAGUCUCUUGUAUGAGGGAUUUCUCGCGCCAGCUGAGUUGGAUCCUUUAAGUAGACGAUUGACCACUUAUGAAAAAAGACCGCCAUGUGAAGUGCAAGUUUCAAUUUUGGCCGAGAAUGGAAACGUUCAGCGGGAAUUGCGAGCAAAUGGCAUCAUUGUUCAACGAGUGGAUGAAGUCGAUCCAGUUUUCUCCAUUCAACCAGCAAGCAAAUUGGCUGAACUCUUGGAAAAAAUCGGCGAAUCGAAAAAGCUGGGGUUGAGCGGCAGACCGCGUGAUCGAGAGGUCGGCCUACUCAGCACCAGUCGACUCUAUCAACUUGGAUCGAAAUUUGUCAUCUUUACACCCCAGUUCAUGGACAGUCGACGUUCACAUCUAAUGUACGAUAUUCGAAUUCUUAUGGACGAAUGGAGCAGCGAGCUACAAUACAUCUAUGCUUCAUGGAACAGCGUCUCUAUCAGUGGACGACCUUUAGUUGUUCUUGUCAUCAAUGAGAACAUGUUAUCUACGGAUGGACUUUCACCAUUUUCAAGUAUCUCUUUGAAUCGUUUCAUGAAAUCAACUGUAAUUGGGACAAUCAAGAAAAUCAAUACCGGAUAUUUGGGUGGAGCCAGAGUUGUUAUGCGCAAUAUUUCUGACUUUUUUCGAACAACAGCUGUUUUGAAAUUAGAAUUUAGAGGGGUAAAUCGAGCAGAAGAUCUUUUAAAAAGAAUAGGCGAAGAGCGGAUUCAAUUCAAUCUUCCGACAGAAGUCGAUCGCAAGAAAAGUGGCACUGACUUUAGAGCAACAAGGGGUGACGAGUCACCGACGAAAAGUUCCCUUAAAAGAACUGACUCGGUGAAAGAUCGUCGAACCUACAACCUUGUUCAUAAAGCUUCAAUGAGACAUCGAUCAAUCAUUCUUGAUAGCAACGAUUCUGAUCUUGUUCAAUUGCGAUUGGCUUUUGCAAAACGUGAUCGAAAUCUGGAUGAUACAAGUGGAAAUCCAAGUCGAGAACUUUCGCCAGUCAACGAGCCAUCGUGUCUCAUUACAUCGUCGAAAAAUCUUCUAAAUACAGAAGUCGAUGCUAGAGUACGAUUAGAUAUUUCUCAAAAGUCACAAAUGAGCGACAUGAGAGCAGAUGAUCUUGCUGACAUGUUAUUGGAUACAAAUCAGUUGGAAGAACAAGCUUCAAUCCUUCAUUGCUUAUGGAUGAAAUGUGGUCCUGAUCAUUUGGUUCUUCUGAAUGAUCAACACAUCCCAGUUCGACUAUUGAUGGAGGAGACUUAUUCUAAAGCCUGUGAAAGUCGAGAUUGGGCAUUAACAAGAUUGACAGCUGGAUUGUUGAAUAAAAGGCUUGAAGAGUUGGGAAAAGCUGUCACUCAUCUUCUCGUUCGUCAAAAACAAAUUACGGUUGGAAUGCCAUCAAAGAGAGAAGAAGCUAUUACAUGUCCAAAGACGAAUGAAGAGUUGAAAGAGAUCAUGUUCAGAGCCUAUCACGAUGAUCCAAAUUCUUUCACCUUAAGCCAAGAGAUCAUUGUCGCAUUGGGAUCUUUGGUUCGAACUGAAGCAAAACUUUUCGUUGAAAUGUUCCGCUUACGAAUUGGCCUCAUUAUACAAAUUUUGGCAUCAGAAUUGGCUCGUUUACGUUCCCUGUCGGCUACUGAUGCUUUACAGAAUCUACUUAUGAUUUCACCAUUCGAGUUGAAAUCGAUGCUUUUAAUGUUGUUGAGUGGAAGACUUUUAGAAGAAACACAAAUUGAUGAUGAAACAGCGGCAAAGGAAACGAGAACGGGGAUUGGCAGCUUCCGAAAACAUAUUGAAGAGCGAAAGUCAUUACGAAAAUCGAUGAGACAAUCGCGUAGAGAUGCGGGAAUCCCUCCACCAAAAGAAGAGGAUGAAAUUGUGGAUGAAUCAGUGGAUGAGGCUGAAGUGGAUGACUUUCAGUUCGGCAUCUGGCUUCGUCAUCGACGAAUCGAUGGAGCUCUCAAUCGAGUUCCCAAUCAUUUCUAUGCGACUCUUUGGGAUACUGUACAUCGUUUUCCACAUGGAUUACGAAUUAAUGGCAACAUUUUACAUUGGGGUCUCACUCAGGAAAUGACAAGACGUGAGAUCAAAUUUGCGCUCGAGGUUGAAGAGAUUCUCAAUCAAAUCAGUGAGCCGGAGUACAGAGAAAUGGUCGUAGAAACUCUAUGGUUAUUGGGUCGAUUGGACAGAGUUGUUCGCAGUGAUUCUCCUCGAAUUCCCCAUGACAAGCCAUUCGAAGUUGAUCAAAUCGUCAUCAAAGCAAACCAACUCUUUGUGUCUCAUAAUUGUGAGCUCGGGACAAUUGUGUUGGACUGUUGUGCAAGCAAGAAAUCCUGUGGAGGUGCUCGGGGUCUUUGUGUUCAUUUUCUCGAUUCAGCACCAGCCGGUGAAUAUGGAACUAGUCAUUACAUUAUUCGUGCUCUUGCUGACUUCUUUACA